GGUUAAAAAUCCAGAUAAGAUUGAGUAAACUUCAAAAGUACUAUUUUUUCCUAAUUAUUAUUUAUUGUAGAAAUAUGUAUUUAUAUUUAUUUAUGCUGAUGUGGUUAAACUGUUAUGUAUUCAGCACUAAAGUGUGGGGUCCAGGUCUAAACCCGUCUCAGAUAUCUCUUCCUUGUCGAUACUUCUUCGUCCAGCUGGAGGACGAGGCCGGGGUUAACAUUACCACAAAGUUGGAGGACAGUAUAGAGGUGCUUGUGGAGGGGGAUAACACUGCUAUCCCUUUUAGAGCCUUCUCUGAGAUAUUUAACAAGAAUAACGGGUUCUUUAUUGUCAGAUAUAAGGUGUAUCAUGCUUGCGAUAAUGUACGGAUACAAGUACUCGUGAAUGGAAGCUUAGUGUACGGUCCUAUUUAUGUACAGGGAACUGUACAACCAGAUCACUGUAAUUGUCCAGAG